AUGGAUUCAGUGAGCGAUGCCCUGGCCAACAAGGCGUCAAGCACACUUCACAACAGGGCAGGACCUUUGAUUCGUUUUGCAAAGUUCUGGAGGGACAGGGGUUGUGAAUGUUUUCCAGUCGAGGAACCGAUGCUUUACGAAUACUUCAAGUCUUGGACAAACGCCGCACCGAGUUCUUUCAGAUCGCUUUUGCUCUCCAUUUCGUUCGCCUUCCAUAUUUUGGGCCUCAUGGGAGGGGAAGUCGUUUUGAAGAGCGGUCGAAUUAAGGGUUUGUCAGCGGCGCAUGUUUGCAAUCGAAGGAAAGUAGUGCAAAGGCCACCUUUGACUGUUGAGCAAGUGCAGCACCUGGAACAGAUCGUGAAGGACGAACGUAGGACUGCUUUUGACAGGAUCGCAGCAGGCUACUUUUUGCUCUUGAUCUUCGGAAGACUUAGGUUCAGUGACGGACUUCAUAUUUCGAGCAUGAAACUUGAUGUCAUCACAGUCGGCACCGACCUGGAAGGUUUCCUUGAAUGCGAGGCCGAAAGAACGAAGACCUCGAUCACAUUGGAGCGCAAGACAAGGCACCUUCCGAUUGCUAUUCCAAUCCUGGGUUUUUCCGACCCUAGCUGGGUUUUGACGUGGCUUGAACUGAGGGACAAGGCGGGUUUGAAGUGUGAGAGAGGAACACCUUUGAUGACCUCACCAAUGGCGGAUGGCUCGUGGUCCAAAACCCCUUUGCCGGUGAGUUCAGCAGGGGAAUGGCUUCGAGCUUUGUCAAAGGUGUCCGAUGGUGCCGCAGUUCGAAUCGCAACGCAUUCGUGCAAGAGCACCUUGUUGAGCAUGUGUUCGAAGUUUGGCUUAGAACAUUCAGUUCGUCGCAUGUUGGGAUACCACAGCUGUUCGAAAGACAAGUCAUUGCUGGUAUACUCGAGAGACAGCAUGUCCUUGCCUUUGAGGAGACUUAGGGAAGUCAUCAUGGCGGUGAGGACUGACAUGUUUUUCCCGGACAAGACUCGGUCCGGAUAUUUCGCCCCGGGCUCAACUUGCGAAAGCAACCAGCCUGCUUCAGACGACGAUGGUUCGCUGGACUCGGAGAGCAGGGGUUCGGAGAGUGAGGAGGGCGACAUCCCGGAGGAAGAAGAGAAAGCAGUUGCGCAAGUUGUAGGCCCCUGGAGGCCACAGGAGGCCACCGACUCUUUGUGCUACGCUCGCCACAAGACUUCCCGAUGCCUUCAUGUCCUCGCAGACGAAGGAGGUACGCAUUUUCGUUGUGGCCGAACUGCAAAUGCCAACUAUUUGCGCCUGGAUGAGAAACCGGAGUUCGUGUAUCCGGCUUGCGGAGUGCCAUUGGUGGACAUGGUGAAGGACGCUUUGGGCCGUGAUGCAACGGCUUUAGAGAUGAGUCACUAUGAACCAGGUGACACCUUAGUCGACAAGUUUUGCAAUUGCUAUGAGAGCGACAGGUACUGCCUUGUGAGGCGAGGCCUCGCGAUGGAGCAGGCAAAUGUGAUGAGCUAUGAGAACCACGACAGGCACUUGCUUCAACCUCGGAUGGCCCAGAACGCUGCGAUUCCGAACGCGAAUCCCAGUGGCUUCAAGCCGAACAUCGUUAAGGAGGACGAUGCCUUCAAGCGUCGCAAGCUCGGUCCCAAAGGAAAGGGAGGAGGUCGCCGUAAGAAGAACACAGCUUUGCUUGCGAGCGACGCCCGCUUUAGCUGCAUGGAGAGAUUUUGUGAUGGCACGCAUUCUCACGAGGGGUGGGGAUUUGACGAGGAGGCACAGGUUUUUAAUACUUCCAAAGAGGCAGAAUAUCCUAAAGAAUUGUGCGAAGCGUACACUGAUGUUUUGGUCACUUUGGCUCAGGCACGUGGCAUUUCUAUCCCUCUCGAGGCCUCACAACAGGAGGCCGCCAAACCUCAGAAACAGCCCAGAGGACGUCGCUUGCCGCAAAUAGUGUCAGAGUACGGCCAAGUUAUCACACGACUUUUAGACCGGGUGCCUUCCCUUGACUCCAAACAAUGCUUGCAGACUGCUGUAGGCGACCUGCCAUGCGGUGCUCGUUUGUUGAGAUCUGAAGCUAAACCGGGACAGAAGGUCUUGUGCGUUUUCGGGGUCUAUAGGAGUAUGGAGUCCUUUGUUGAGGUCUCCCGUCAGUUGUGGCAUCCAUACGACGAACUGAUGAACUUGCCAGAUGAUCUCAUUCGUUGCUUGUUUCUGAACUUGACCUUGGGGUUGGUGGAGCUCACCAAGCAUAGGAUCAAGACAUUGGAUAGUUGGAUGCAAAAGGCCAGGGCUUUGCAGAUGCGUGAGCGAGACCUGCACAAGAAACUGAACCCCAAAGUGGCUAGGAUCCUGAAGGGAAAACGCUUGCUGGUGCUUGAAGAACUUGCCAAAGACAUCGGUUGGUUUUGUCACCGAGGAGCAAUAGACUUCAAGCUUAGUGAUGGGAGCCGGCUUAAAGGGCUCGUGGGAGGUGCCCUCCUCCCCGGGCCUUCGUUCGCCGUGGAGGUUGCCGCGUCGGGAGCUUUGAAUUUCGCCCAAGGAGGUCUCAUGGAUUCAGUGAGCGAUGCCCUGGCCAACAAGGAGGACGACAUCCCGGAGGAAGAAGAGAAAGCAGUUGCGCAAGUUGUAGGCCCCUGGAGGCCACAGGAGGCCACCGACUCUUUGUGCUACGCUCGCCACAAGACUUCCCGAUGCCUUCAUGUCCUCGCAGACGAAGGAGGUCACUAUGAACCAGGUGACACCUUAGUCGACAAGUUUUGCAAUUGCUAUGAGAGCGACAGGUACUGCCUUGUGAGGCGAGGCCUCGCGAUGGAGCAGGCAAAUGUGAUGAGCUAUGAGAACCACGACAGGUGGACAGAGUUGUUGAUGGAGACUCGUAUGUCAGAGCCUCCACUAGGAUACCAGAAGGUCAGCGUGAAGCAGUUGGAACAGGCUGACAAGAAGUUCUUCACACUUUUGUCGGAGCACACCCGAAGCGGCAUUAAAGCAACUCCGGCAGGGAGACCUUGUGAUCUUUCAUUUGACGCUUGUUUCAAUGCAACGGAGGUCAGGCACUUGCUUCAACCUCGGAUGGCCCAGAACGCUGCGAUUCCGAACGCGAAUCCCAGUGGCUUCAAGCCGAACAUCGUUAAGGAGGACGAUGCCUUCAAGCGUCGCAAGCUCGGUCCCAAAGGAAAGGGAGGAGGCAAGGCAGACACAUUUCAAAGAGUUCCAGUUGAACUGCUGAAGCUUGGGGGUGUCGCAAGCACUUCGAAAGGAAAUCGCAUUUGCUUUGGAUUCAAUUUGAAGACUUGCAAUGCACAAGCGAAGCAACAGAAGUGUGACAGGGGAUUGCGCCUGUGCUGUGUCAAGAACUGCUUCAAGCCGCAUCCAGCGGUGGAGUGUCCGAAUGUGUGCACGGACUUCGAAGUCGUAUGUGUCCACAUAGGUCGCCGUAAGAAGAACACAGCUUUGCUUGCGAGCGACGCCCGCUUUAGCUGCAUGGAGAGAUUUUGUGAUGGCACGCAUUCUCACGAGGGGUGGGGAUUUGACGAGGAGGUCUCCCGUCAGUUGUGGCAUCCAUACGACGAACUGAUGAACUUGCCAGAUGAUCUCAUUCGUUGCUUGUUUCUGAACUUGACCUUGGGGUUGGUGGAGCUCACCAAGCAUAGGAUCAAGACAUUGGAUAGUUGGAUGCAAAAGGUAGUUGAGGAUGAAGAUGAGCGUGAACUGUACGACAUCACCCUCCGAGAGGCAAACGAAAAGGGGUUUUGUAAACACCGAGGAGCAAUAGACUUCAAGCUUAGUGAUGGGAGCCGGCUUAAAGGUCAGGUGCACGAGUCCUGGUCAAAUGCCCAAGGUCAGUUCCGUAUGACUUCGUUCGACCUUGCGUCGGCCUACAAGCAACUCCCUCUACACCCAGAGGAGUAUUGUUGUUCGAUAGUGACCCUGAAGAACCCCGACACCAAGUCUGCUGUAUGCUUUGAAAUGCGUACCCUUCCUUUUGGAAGUGUGGCCAGUGUGCUCCACUUCAACCGCAUCUCAAGGCUCAUCUGGGCCUUGGGUCUUAGGCUGGGAAUCUUGUGGACUAACUAUUUUGACGACUACCCUACAAUCACGCAUGAGGCUCACCAGCUGUCGACCAUGACAUGCGUGAAAGGUCUCUUUGAACUUCUAGGUUUCGCCUUUGGCGAAGAGAAGCUGGCACCUUUCGGGGAAGAAGCCAAAACUUUAGGAGUGCUCGUGAAUCUGUCCCAAGCCUCUCAGGGCAAGAUAGUCGUGGACAACAAACCUUCGAGGAAACAGGAACUGCUGGAGACUAUUGACAAGGUUUUAGGCGACGGCUUUGUGAUCCCAAUCCAGCUUCCUUCGAUCCUUGGUAGGAUGCAGUUCGCAGACAUGCAGUUGGCAGGAAAGAUGGGAAAAGAAGCGUGUGACGCAGCCUUGCAUCGUAAGCUGAAAGAGUCUGAGGAUGAUCAACCCAUGCAUCGCCUUCGUGCUGCCAAGGACGAUGAUGGGGUUCUCAUAGACAAAAGGUUUGUGAUGAUUCGAUUGCCCGCCUUUUCUGAACCUGGUCGAGAGUUCCCUGAGAUUUCGUGCCGUGUGCUGUGGCAAAUCAAGGGCGCCGAUGUAUGGCUGGAGCUGACUGAAGCGACGUUGACGUAUGUUUUGGCAGCUCUCAGAGUGAGUGAGCGCUUUGUCAAACAAAAGAAGCUGAGAGG